UUUGCUACGCUUUUGGCCACCUCUCUCUCGUCAGCCCCGUAAUCCGCCUUUCCUUCUUCCAGCCACCCCUGCGCACGGACGGGAGCAAGGUUACCGAAUAAAGGAUCUAAAGCGCCAAGCGGCUCGUCCAGUUCAGGCUAGCAUCUCACAAAAUGCCCCGCUCUCUUUCUCGCUCUGUCUCUCCCCGCCCCCGCUCUCCGUCCCUCUCGCCCCCUCGCCCAGACAGCCGCUCUUCACGUGGCAGGAGCUUGACUCCAGAUGAUAUCCCGGCUUACAAGCGAAAGAGGUCCCCAUCUCCCAAUCCACGAGAUCGUCCUGCAUCCCCUCCUACUCGUCGACGACGCUCUCAGUCUCCGUAUCGCAAUUCUAACCGAGCAGAAAUCGACAGGCCCAACGUCAAGGAUAUUGACCCUAACCGCCGACGUGCUCGAGAGAAUGCUCUUUUGGAAAAACAAAUAAACAUGGCUCUGGCGGACGAUGGCGAUGCCGAUGGGACGGUCGCAACGACUAAAAAAUCGGCAGAUGAGAUUGCUAGGGCGGAAUUUGCAAAGCUGCUUGGAUCAAGGAGUGGUGGAGCGUACAUCCCUCCGGCAAAGUUGAGGGCUAUGCAAGCAGAGGCUGCCAAGGACAAGACGAGUGCAGAGUAUCAGAGGAUAAGCUGGGAUGCGUUGAAGAAGAGUAUCAAUGGUUUGAUCAACAAGGUCAACAUCUCAAACAUCAAGCACAUUGUCCCCGAGCUGUUUGGCGAGAACCUCAUUCGGGGUAGGGGUCUUUUCGCUAGGUCCGUCAUGCGUGCACAAGCUUCAUCGUUGCCGUUCACUCCGGUCUUUGCGGCUUUGGUUGCUAUCAUCAACACCAAAUUGCCCCAAGUUGGCGAACUGGUAUUGAUUCGAUUGAUCAGUCAAUUCAGACGAGCUUACAAAAGAAACGAUAAGACUGUUUGCCACGCCACUUCCACCUUCAUCGCUCAUCUUUGUAACCAAUAUGUCGCUCACGAAAUCGUUGCCCUCCAAAUACUCCUUUUGUGCCUCGAUCGUCCCACUGACGACUCUAUCGAAGUUGCCGUCGGGUUCAUGCGUGAAGUCGGUCAAUUCCUUUCCGAAAACUCUCCCAAAGCAAACAAUACCGUCUUUGAACGAUUUCGAGCCGUUUUGCACGAAGGCCAGAUUAGCAAGAGGUGUCAAUACAUGAUAGAAGUCUUGUUUCAAGUCAGGAAGGACAAGUAUAAGGAUAACCCCGCCGUUCCUGAGGGUUUGGACUUGGUCGAGGAGGAGGAGCAAAUCACCCAUAGGGUGACUUUGGAUGAUGAAUUGCAGGUGCAAGAGAGUUUGAACUUGUUCAAGGCCGAUCCUAACUUUGUCCAAAACGAAGAACGUUAUAAUGCAAUUAAGCGUGAGAUUCUGGGUGAUUCUGAUGAUGAGUCUGGUACCGAAUCAGGCAGUGAAUAUUCCGAAUCUGAAGACGAUGAAGAUGAGGAUGUUGCCCCAGAAAAGGCUGGAAUUCAGGAUAUGACGGAAACAAACUUAAUCAAUCUGAGAAGGACGAUUUAUUUGACCAUCAUGAACUCGCUCAAUUUUGAAGAAGCUGUACACAAGCUCAUGAAAGUGAACAUACCCGAAGGCCGAGAGAUUGAGCUUUGUAAUAUGGUUAUCGAAUGUUGUUCCCAAGAACGAACAUAUUCCAACUUUUACGGUCUCAUCGGCGAGAGAUUCUGCAAGCUUCACCGAAUUUGGACCGAUGCAUUCCAAGAAGCGUUUCAAAAGUAUUACGAUACCAUUCAUCGAUAUGAAACCAACAAGCUGCGUAACAUUGGCCGUUUCUUUGGCCACCUUCUCGCAUCCGACGGUAUUUCAUGGGCAGUUCUUCACGUCGUUCAUAUGAACGAGGAAGAGACCACCUCUUCCAGCCGUAUCUUUGUUAAGAUCGUGCUUCAAGAAAUGGUCGAAGAGAUGGGUAUCAACCGUGUUGCCGAACGAUUCCGCAUUCCCGACCUCAAACCCGCGUUUGCCGGCAUGUUCCCCAUGGACAACCCCAAGAAUGCCCGAUUCUCUAUCAACUACUUUACCUCUAUCGGCAUGGGCAAGGUUACCGAAGAUAUGAGAGAGUACCUCCAAAACGCUCCCAAGCUUUUGGCAGCUCAGCAGGCUGCAUUGGCCGCUGCAGAAUCGUCAGAUUCCGAUACGGAUUCGAGCUCGGAUAUAUCAUCGUCUUCUGACAGCGAUAGCGACACUGACUCGGACGCGAGUAGCUAUUCGCGUCGUUCGAGGAGAAGGAGGUAUAGUUCUGACUCACGUUCGCCACCUCCUCGAAGGAGGAGGUACAGUUCAGACUCUCGCUCGCCUUCGCCCCCUCCCCGUCGAAGGCAGUACUCUGAUGAACCCCGUUCCCCUUCUCCCCCUCCCCGCCGAAGGAGAUAUUCUGAUGACUCUCGUUCCCCUUCUCCGCCUCCUCGAAGGAGGUACUCGGGCGACUCCCGUUCCCCUUCUCCGCCUCCUCGAAGGAGGUACGCGGACGACUCUCGUUCCCCAUCGCCCCCGCCCCAUCGAAGGAGAUAUUCUGAUGACUCUCGUUCCCCCUCGCCACCUCCUCGUCGAAGGAGGUACUCGGACAACUCUCGUUCCCCAUCUCCACCUCCCCGACGACGAUGAUCUGGUUCAUGUGCAGAAAGGAAAAGGGAGGGCAUAAGGAGGAUGGAUAGAUUGGAAAUGAAGAGGGAAUAUGAUGAUAGUAGUAGGGGAAGGAAGAGGGAUAGCUCGUUUAGGGAGGUAAAAAAAAAAGUAGAAUCUUGGUGGUUCGGGGUUGGUAAACCUAUGUAGUAUGUCUAAAGUAAUGCAACACGGUUUGUGCCUAGUCUGUGGUUUCUCUAGGCCAUCGAUAUACAUGCAAUACAAUGUGG